AGUCGUUGGCUCAUGGCUCAGAAACAUGGGGUUCCAUAUAUGUUGGUGUCUCCGGCUCUUAUGAUCCUCUCCAUACACCAGAGAGAGCAGACAUGGCUACCUCGCUGCCGGCGCCGGCUCUUAUGAUCCCUCCGCGUGUUGACCUGGACGGGGACGACCCGAGCACGCUGGUCCGUGGCACGCCGGAGUGGCUGCGGCGCGCCGGCCUCAUCCGCGGCGCGCUGGAGACGCACGGGUGCGUCGCCGUCGGGUGCCGCCGCCGCGUGCCGCCCGAGCUGCGGGAGCGGAUGCUGGUGGAGAUGGCGGGCCUCUUCGCGCUCCCGGCCAAGGCGAAGCGUCGAACCGGCGACGCGGACGGCCCGUACAAGUCGUUCGGGGUGCUCCUGCCCUACAUGGAGAGGCGAGACUCUGCCGCGUGCCGGCACGAGGCGUUCGCGGUGCUCAAUGCGGGCGGCGCCGGCGGCGGCGAGGUGGCCCGUGCGUUCGUCACGCGCGCGUGGCCGAACGGCAACGACCGCUUCCUGGAGACGCUGAAGUCGACGUCCGGAGAGAUGACGAGGCUGGCCCGUGUGAUCCUCGCCAUGGUCAUCGACAGCUACGGCCUCGCGCACCGCUCCGACGAGAUCGUCGGCACCACGGACGCAAACUUCCGCAUGCUCAGGUACUGCAAGGACUCCGUCGGGACGUCGCCGCCGGACGAGCAGCCGGCCGUCGCCCUCGCCGCCCACGUCGACGGGAGCUACCUGACCGUUCUGUUCCAGAACGACGUCGAUGGCUUCGAGCUCAGGACGAGGAACGGCGGCGAGUGGGUCAGAGUCCGCCCUCCAGGCCCCGACUCCCUCCUCGUCGUCGCUGGGCAGGCACUCAUGGCUUUGAGCAACGGGAGGGUUCACGCGCCGUUGCACAGGGUGGUGGCCGUCGGCGGGCGGGAGGACCGGCUGUCCUGCGGCGUGUUCCUGCAGCCGACCAAGAACUUCGUCGUCGAUGCGCCGCCGGAGCUGGUCACCGCGGACACGCCGCGCCGGUUCAGGCCGUUCGAGUACGUGGACUACCUGAGGUUCAAGCACACCGCCGGCAACAGCAACAGCGACGACGUGCUCCACCGCUUCGCCGGGAUGUAACAUGCAGUAAUUAAUGUCGCUUCUGCUAAGCUACUGUAGUGAGUGAUCGCACUUAUACCGAUCAAUAAAUUGGAGUAAAUUACAAAAAACUACCACAAUUCGGGCUAGGGUAACAGGUCAGUACCUGUUUUGCUAAUUUUUGCAAAAAACUGCCACCUUUGAGGUAAUGCGUUACAAAUAGCACUAAUAGUCAUUUGACACAGCUAUAA